GUUUAAUUUUUAAAUAAAAAUGAACAAUGAAAUUUGGAUUUCAUGUUUUUUAAUAAAGGUUGUUUUUUAAGCUUUUUUGAUAUAUCGACAUAAUAUAACAAUAUAAUGCACAAAAAUAUGUCUUCAGAGGUGUAUAAAGACCUCACAAAAUGAAUCGUUAUGUUUUUAUUACUUUUGAAUGAGCUAUUUCUAUCUACACCACGGGUCCCCUUACAUGGAAUUCGCCAUGUUGUUUCUACAGUAGCCAUGAAGGGACAAACUGCUAAAAGCGCAUUUUAUAAAUACUUUAUCUCCUUCGGCCAAAAAAGUGUAAACGUGAUGAUAUCUUAGUUCUGUGUCAGCUACCAUAGUGCUUCGAAAUCGAAAUCUAGAUGCCGCUAAAUUUCAUACACUGGACCUUUAAAGGUAUAGUUCAUCUAAAAAUCAAAAUAUUGUCACCAUUUACUCGCCCUCAGGGUGUUUAAAACCUGUUCCAAUUUUUUUCCAAAAUUUUGUUCCAAUGAACACAGAAAUAUAUUUGGAAGAAUGAAAGCAAUUUUCAUUUCUGGGACAUCAUCAACUACCAUAGUAGGAAACAAAAUAUUGUAUUUCUUGUUCUGAUGAACACAUAAUGAGGUAUUUUGAAGAUUUUAGGAAAACAAAGAGUUCUCCGGCACCUUUGACUGCCAUUUAAUUCUUCCUUCUAUGGUCAUUCAUGUCCCGGAACUGAAAAUUACUAACAUUCUUCCAAAUAUCUCUCUUUGUGUCCAUCGGAACAAAUUUAUACAGGUAUGAAAUUACAUGAGCGUGAGCAAAAGAUGAACCAUCCCUUUAAUGUCAAUAUUCUCUAUAUUAUUUUGUAUGUUAUUACUUGGGUUAAAUGUCACAUGCUCGUUACAGGUGAUUAUCAAACACUGUCAUUAAUCUUAUGGCUGCCAUGUACAGUUUGUUAGCGUGUGUAGUGGUAGUAGUAGGCUACGAGGGUCUAAUCCUGGACUGGAGACGGCAGAUCAGAUAUCAGCUCCGCCUGGUGAUCCCGAUAGACUCCGUGGGAAGACUUCAUAUGACUUUAUAACACAGUCGCACUGACAGACAAGACCGAGGCAGCAGAAACAGUCUGGGAGGGAGGAAGAGCUGCUGGUAUUUUAGACUGGAUGGAUGGGAGAGAGAUUUAGCAGUGAGAGAGGGCGGGCACCGUCUCGUGUCUAUGUAUUUUUGACACGCUGGUAUAUAGGAACAUGGCCAUGAGCAGGGUUGGGAUACAGCUGCAUUUUCUUCUGUGCUCGGUGUCAGCGUAUCUUUCACCGUUCAAUCUGGAUAAUAUAAUUACUCUUCCAACAGCCCCGGCCACAUUUGAUGCCUUCAAAAGAUUUGACCCAUGUUGCCUGCGGGUUCCGCCUCCCCCACCUUUGUUCCCGCCCCCUCCCGGUGUCUUAAGUAGAGGGCCUGUAUCUCCAGGACCCAUGGUGAGGGUAGAAGAGAGAAAGAAGGAUGAGGAGCAGGCGAAAGAGUGCUGUGUCGUAGGACCACCAGGACCUCCUGGACCUGUCGGACCACAGGGUCAUGCUGGUUUACCGGGAAUGAAGGGAUCCAAAGGAGAUAAUGGUGACAUAGGACAUCCAGGGUCUAAGGGUCGAACUGGGCGUCCAGGACUGCCUGGGAACCCAGGUGCUCCAGGGUUACCUGGCUCAGAUGGACCUAAGAUGGAGAAAGGAGACUCAGGACUAAUAGGAAUGCCUGGUAUGAGGGGACCAGUCGGACCUAAAGGUUUACCAGGAAUCAAGGGUGAGAAGGGGGCACGAGGAGAUUAUGGACCUGCAGGUCCAAAAGGAGACAAGGGAACAAAUGGACUUCCUGGGAUGCUGGGACAGAAGGGUGAAAUGGGACCCAAGGGGGGGCUUGGUGUAUCAGGGAGACGUGGCCCUACGGGCCGACCAGGCAAGAGGGGUAAACAGGGGGAUAAAGGAGAAAAAGGUACUCAAGGCCCAGUGGGACAUAGUGGACCAUCUGGACUCAGGGGCCACCCUGGGCCUCCUGGAUUACAGGCAUCAGGACUGUUUGUUGUUGGUGAAAAGGGGGAGAAGGGAAUGCCAGGCCCUCCCGCUUACUGUGACUGUGGUUCACUGAGUGCACCAUUACAACACCGCAGCAAAUAUGACAGAGUUCCAGCUAUAUUUGUUGUAAGCAGUGAGGAAGAGCUAAAAAGUCUUCAGACAGAUAAUGCACUGGCCUUCAGAAAGGACCAGAGGUCUCUUUACUUUAAGGAUGAAAAUGGAUGGGAGCCCAUUCAGCUGAUGCCCCUCCAGGCGACGGAGAGGAUGGGAGUGAAUGGUGUGUGCGGAGAUGGAGAGGUGCAGGAAGUCAACAGGGAGGAAUGUGACGAUGGAAACAAGGUUGUUACAGAUGAUUGCGUGGGUUGUAAAAAGGCAUUCUGUGGUGAUGGUUAUCGUCUUGAGGCUGUGGAAGAGUGCGACGGAAAGGACUUUGGCUACCAGACCUGCAAAUCGUAUCUGCCAGGCACAUUUGGGCAGCUCAGGUGCACUGACUCCUGUUUCAUCGACUCCACUGGAUGCAAAUACCGGACCUGAGGCCCACAAAUAUUUACACUUUCACAUCGACAACAAACAGUGAGGUUCAAAGGUUUUGGAUGACUAUUGAAAAUGCAGCAUUUUCCCAAAAGAUUUCUAUCUCAAUUUGACUUUAAUCUGAAACUUGAAAUUGAUCAUUGACUUCUGGCUUUUCGAUCUCACUGUGCAGUGUGCACACACAGAUAUAGCCUGCUGAGAUCAACAGUAUUAAGGGAAUCAGAAGAGGGAAGAUUUGGGUCUGUUUUUCUGUUCUGCACUAUACAGUAUCUGCUCUUUUAUGAUAGGGUGAAUUAAUGGCAGCUUCUUGAUGAAUGUUUAAGUAAGGAACUGCAUUAUGGAGAUCAUGAAAAGGCAUGAUUUUAAUGAAUGUAUAAUAUGUAUAUUAAAAUCAAAUUAUUUAAUUGCUAUUAUAAACGCAUGAGUAAGUUUGAGCAUGUUUACAUUAUGUAUGUAUUAUGUGUUUUUCCUUAGGAACAAACGACUAGAAUAUUUUACAGGUUCAUGCCUUGUAAAGAAAUGCUAGAUCAUUGUAUUUAUUUAUUUUUAUUUAUUUAAUUGUGUCUAAUAUUUUAUGAAAUGAUACCUUGUUAGUUAUCUUUUUCAAAGAAAGGGGAAUGUCUUGCAAUGUUUACCUUGGUUAGAAAAUGUAUUCACUCAUAGCAAUAAACUGCAAGCAUGUGAA